UCACAGCCAUCGAGUUUAUGAAUAAUGUGUGGCUAUGCAGGAUAUAGCUAUUUAUCACGUGAUGUGUUGACGUGGUUGACACGAAUGUGUGUUAGUCAAUAUCACAUUGGUUAGGGCGCAGUUUGAAAGACACCUCCAUGCAAAGCCAACUGAGUUUGUCCCUCCGUAUGAGUUUACGUUAACAGUCAGCGCUUCUCCUGGCAUGUUGUAAAAUGUAAACCCCUAGGUUCUAGAUGUCAUGAAUCUUUGUGAUUAUUGUGGAGAUGAAAUAUUUCAACAUCAACGUGUAAUUGUGUAUCACAAGGAUGUAGACGUUCGUUAUGUGACACAGCAGGAUUGUAUACCAGUGGACUUUGAAUGUGUCACUGUUACUGUAUGUGGCGAAGGAGACAACAUAAAAUAUCUCAAGAAGGGGAGCUUAUUACCUGAAGGUUUUCAACGUGUAUCUGUUUCUGUCAGAGAAUUGGACGUAAACUAUGCUUGGAAACAGGACUUGAGACCAAAAGGUUUUGAACAGGUUUCUGUGUACUCCAGGAAUGGAGCAAUAAAAUAUGCAAGAAAAGGGGACAUCUCACCAACAGGGUUUGAUCAUGUUUCUGUCUAUGCAAAGAAUGAAGAAAUAAAGUAUGAGAAAGAAGGUCAGCAUAUCCCUGUAGGUUAUGAACACGUUACUGUCUAUGUCAAAACCGAAGACAUACUAUAUACAAGGCAAGGAGAGCUUGUACCGAUAGGUUCUGAACACGCAGACGUUUAUGUGAAAGACAAAGACAAAGACAAAGUAAUGUGUCUACAAGUAAAAGAAGAAUUUCACACAGAGUGUCUGGAAAAACAUAUUCCAAGGCGUGAUGAGGCAGUUCGUAAGUUUCUGAAAAAUGUCUCUCCAAAAUGCAAUGUCCUGUCUACCGGGCUUCAUGUCAAGUACCUAUUUGGGGUAGGGAAAGAAAAACAAGAUAAACCAAGAAAGAAAAAGGAGAAGAGAGAUUGUAAAGCAGCGGAGUUACUGAGAAAAGUAUCAGCUCUGCGCAACUCCAACUCUGGAUAUAUACUGGUUCAUUUUGUUGGCCUGGCGCCUGGAGAUUCCUUCACUGGCGCAUUUGAUGAGUUUGCUGACCCAAAACUUCAUGAUUUGAUUCAAGAUGGGAAACAAUUCUGUGAUGUUUACAGAAAAGAGACACUAAAAAGUCAUUGUGCUUGCAAGGAUUUUGGCGACUUCCUUGUUCUCUAUGUUGGAGCUGCUUCUACUGUGACAACUUCUAGAUUCAAAACCAAGACAACAUUUGAUGACUGCAUUAUUGACAUUCCUGCAGCAACGCUCAAGACCUUUGUUAGAGAAAGGAAAGCCUUCAAAGAAACAUUCCAUAAAAUUCCUGGUGUGACUCAUGCAGAUGAUCUUCUGAAUGUUCGUGAAAACAGAUCACUUCAAUUGAAAAGUAACUUUGAACAAAAGGAAGGGGAUCAAGCAUUGGCAGAGUAUAUUAUCAAGAACCUUAAACUUGCAGAAUACAUAAGCGCAUUUACUAAAACUGAAUGUGGUGGUUCUUAUCUCUAUGGUGUCCAUGAGGAAAAUUGUUUUCUGGAGGGAUAUGGUUAUGAGACUAAAGUAAUCCGCAUCCAGCCUGUUGUUCUGACGGACAGAACUGCAUUCAAGGACACGUUAGAGGAUAACAUUGGGAAUUUGGUUCUCGUCUGUGACUAUGACGGAAACGAGGUCUCUCCAGAUCCGAAUAUAUUUCAAUUUCAAUUCAUUCCUAGCACAGCAGCAAAGAAAGAAUGUGAUCCAAGAGUCAACUGUGAAUCUGGAAAUCACGGACACGGUGAUGUAGAUCCAGUAGUUGUUCAUGUUUCAGCCAGACCAGUGAGCGGGAUAGUGUUCUAUGACAAACAAGGACCACUUGCAUAUCGAUAUGACAAACAAUUCAAACUGAUCACACGGAUAAAUAUCAAGGAUUGGGUACGUGCUCUUACAAGACGAAGGGAAACACCAGAGUGAACUGAUAUAAUACACAAAAAGACGGCAGGAUGUGGAGGCUACUACAAAAUAUCGCAAAGGAAGAUGAGCAUGGUCUAUAUCUGGGGACAAACGACUUCUUUCGUCCGGGCCUAAAACAGAUUGGAAACAGUCUCUAUGACAUAAGAAGUUACUUCAUUCAAAAAGAUGGUCAGGAUAUUGCGCCAACAAAACUAACAACCUCUUUGGAACAAGUGAAAGAACGACUCAUUGAACACGUAGAAAAUCACGCGUUCGACUUUGUAUUUGAUCAUCUGACCAAUGAAGUGGUAGACUUUCCAAACCCAAAGGCUGGACCAUGCUUUAUGUUCUUAGCCCAUUCCUUGUCAGAAGUACUAGAUUUCCCCACAUCACCCCGUCCAAGCCACACAGUAUGUGAUGUAUUCCUGGCACUACCUACACAACCUGUGAUAGUUUUGUCACUGGUUGAUGGAGAUGCAGAGUCUCCUGAAGCAGUGAUGUACAAUACAUCAGUGGCCAGAGGAGUGAUAGAGACACUCAGCAGAUUCACGGAUGAAGAUGUCAACUCCAUACAUGGAGUCAUUCAUACAUCUGUCCUCGGGGACGCUGCCUCAUUUGAGACUCGACUUAAGAAGUUGGCAAAUGAUUCUUCACAUUUUGUCACAAGAGAUUCUUUGGUAAUGACACCUGGCAGAUAUGAGCAGGUCCUCACUGGUUUCUGGGCUGGUGUUGCUGAAACGAAGUCGGUGCUCAAAGAAACUGGUGACACUGAUGGAGAUUGUCUGAGAUUUCUUACCAAAGAACAAUGUAUCAUUCUGGUGGAGAACAUAAACGAUAAGGAUGUCCAGGUGAAGUGUGUGCCCGGAAGUGGAGCCACGACGUUGAUGCUGGAGGUGGCCAGGAGACUGAACCGACAGGGGGACACUCUGCUGGUGUGUAGGUCACGGGAGGAGAGGGACAGACUCAGGUCGGUGUAUCCAUCUGCUGUAGCAGCAGAGGAUCUCAGUAUGGUGGACCUGUCCUCCUGUGUGAAUAUCGUGGAUGAAACCAACACAGUCAUGACACACGCAAGCGGUCGGAAUUGGCGAUUUGCCCAAAUAUGUGAGGCAGAAAGGGAAAAAGAAGUGAUGAAGAAACAAAUAGAUGUUUUGUCAGAUGGCAGCAUGUGGAAGCUACUACAAAAUAUCGCAAAGGAGGAUGAGCAUGGUCUAUAUCUGGGGACAAAUGACUUAUUUCGUCCUGACCUGAAACAGAUUGGAGACAGUCUCUAUGAAAUAAAAAGUUACUUCAUUCAAAAAGAUGGUCAGAAUAUUGUGCCAUCAGACCUAAGAACCCCUUUAGCACAAGUGAAAGAACGACUCAUUGAACACAUAGAAAAUCACGCGUUCGACUUUGUAUUUGAUCCUCUGACCAGUGAAGUGGUAGACUUUCCAAACCCAAAGGCUGGACCAUGCUUUAUGUUCUUAGCCCAUUCCUUAUCAGUAGUACUAGAUUUCCCCACAUCACCCCGUCCAAGCCACACAGUGUGUGAUGUAUUCCUGGCACUACCUACACAACCUGUGAUAGUUUUGUCACUGGUUGAUGGAGAUGCAGAGUCUCCUGAAGCAGUGAUGUACAAUACAUCAGUGGCCAGAGGAGUGAUAGAGACACUCAGCAGAUUCACGGAUGAAGAUGUCAACUCCAUACAUGGUGUCAUUCAUACUUCAAUCCUCGAGGACGCUGCCUCAUUUGAGACUCGACUGAAAAAGUUGGCAAAUGAUUCUUCACAUUUUGUCACAAGAGAUUCUUUGGUAAUGACACCUGGCAGAUAUGAGCAGGUCCUCACUACUUUCUGGGCUGGUGUUGCUGAAACGAAGUCGGUGCUCAAGGAAACUGGUGACACUGAUGGAGAUUGUCUGAGAUUUCUUACCAAAGAACAAUUUGUCAUUCUGGUGGAGAACAUAAACGAUAAGGAUGUCCAGGUGAAGUGUGUGCCCGGAAGUGGAGCCACGACGUUGAUGCUGGAGGUGGCCAGGAGACUGAACCGACAGGGGGACACUCUGCUGGUGUGUAGGUCACGGGAGGAGAGGGACAGACUCAGGUCGGUGUACCCAUCAGCUGUAGCAGCAGAGGAUCUCAGUACGGUUGACCUGUCCUCCUGUGUGACUAUCGUUGAUGAAACCAACACAGUCAUGACACACGCAAGCAGUCGGAAGUGGCGAUUUGGAACCUAUGUGACUGAUAUUAAGCAACUGACGUCCCAAAUACGUGAGGCAGAAAGGGAAAAAGAAGGGAUUGAGAAACAAAUAGAUGUUUUGUCUGAUGGCAGCAUGUGGAAGCUACUACAAAAUAUCGCAAAGGAGGAUGAGCAUGGUCUAUGUCUGGGGACAAACGACUUUUUUCGUCCGGGCCUAAAACAGAUUGGAAACAGUCUCUAUGAAAUAAGAAGUUACUUCAUUCAAAAAGAUGGUCAGAAUACUGUGCCAACGGUCCUAAGAACCCCUUUAGCACAAGUGAAAGAACGACUCAUUGAACACAUAGAAAAUCACACAUUCGACUUUGUAUUUGAUCCUCUGACCAAUGAAGUGGUAGACUUUCCAAACCCAAAGGCUGGACCAUGCUUUAUGUUCUUAGCCCAUUCCUUAUCAGUAGUACUAGAUUUCCCCACGUCACCCCGUCCAAGCCACACGGUAUGCGAUAUAUUCCUGGCACUACCUACACAACCUGUGAUAGUUUUGUCACUGGUUGAUGGAGAUGCAGAGUCUCCUGAAGCAGUGAUGUACAAUACAUCAGUGGCCAGAGGAGUGAUAGAGACACUCAGCAGAUUCACGGAUGAAGAUGUCAACUCCAUACAUGGAGUAAUUCAUACGUCAAUCCUCGAGGACGCUGCCUCAUUUGAGACUCGACUAAAAAAGUUGGCAAUUGAUUCUUCACGUUUUGUCACAAGCGAUUCUUUGGUAAUGACACCUGGCAGAUAUGAGAAAGUACUCACUGCUUUCUGGGCUGGUGUUGCUGAAACAAAGUCGGUGCUUAAACAUACUGGUGACACUGAUGGUAAUUGUCUGAGAUUUCUCACCAAAGAACAAUGUGUCAUUCUGGUGGAGAACAUAAACAAUAAGGAUGUCCAGGUGAAGUGUGCCCCUGGAAGUGGAGCCACGACGUUGAUGCUGGAGGUGGCCAGGAGACUGAACCGACAGGGGGACACUCUGCUGGUGUGUAGGUCACGGGAGGAGAGGGACAGACUCAGGUCGGUGUACCCAUCAGCUGUAGCAGCAGAGGAUCUCAGUACGGUUGACCUGUCCUCCUGUGUGUAUAUCGUGGAUGAAACCAACACAGUCAUGACACACGCAAGCAGUCGGAAGUGGCGAUUUGGAACCUAUGUAACUGAUAUUAAGGAACUGACGUCCCAAAUAUUUGAGGCAGAAAGGGAAACGGAAGGGAUAGAGAAACAAAUAAAUGUUUUGUCUGAUGAUGCUUGGAAGAAACAGAUUGAAUAUCUCCUCAGGGAUUUCAGUGUGCUGAAAAUAUUUAGUUACAAACUGGGACAAACAUGGCGUAUAGCUGUUCGUCCGCUACGCCAUAGUCUGGAGGUCAAGCCACAAGGGCUUACAAGCAAAGCCUUUGGCGGCUUCAGACAACUCUCUUCCACACACGAGGCUCAGUUGUCAGACCUACAUGACGGAAUGAGACAACAGAAGAAUAUGUUUCCUCUUCUAAGAUCGGUCAUGAUCAAAGAUAAAACGCUUCAAAUGUAUCACGAGGUUAAAAUGGCCCACUUGAGGAAUGCUUUGGGUAAAAAAGAAUACACAGAAUCGAAACACAAUUUUACGAUGGUUGGACAUGUCGAAAGUCCAGGAAUUGAGCAACAAAUGGAGAGGCUUCACUUUGAGUCAGGGAAGGAAGGUAAAGAAUCCAACAUUCAACCAGUACUGAAGGAAGGUAUCCAGACAACCGAAUUGGAAAUAGAGCCACAGGACACAGAUGGAAAAGAUCUUGAAAGCCGCUGGGGAGAAAUCGACAAGCUUAAUCACGAUCUGGACAACCUACUGAAGGACAGGGAUCAAAGAAAAGAAAAACUCCACAAAUUAUACACGGUGGAGUGGCAGGCAACAAUGGAGUACCUGACUCGAUACACGACGGUCUUAUCUUUGUUAGACAAGGAGGUACCCAGUUUCGAUGUUCUGGCUGGUUCUAUAACGUCACAAUCUGACAACACGAGUGAUGGUCGAGGCCACAAUAGAGAACAGGAUUCUAAAGGACACACAAGAGCUCCCGUUCUGAUUCACCAGCUGAGGCAAUACCAACAGGGACGACUGACAGAAAACCACCUGGCUGCAAUUGCAAUGAAGAUAAUCAGGGAAAACGAGCAGCAACUCACAGAACUGAAAGCAAAGAACGAUACUCUGGAAAAAGACUAUGGAAGCGCUGUACACAUUGUUGGACUCACAUGUCAACCUAGACUGGUUUCGUGUCCUAAACUUCACCUGGACGCGGCUCGGGCCAACACAAAAUGGUGCCACGUAACUACAGACGGUGAGCUGGUCAACUCGUCGCCCGACACACGGGAUGAGGGGCGGAACAGGCUACGGGAGUACAUAGGGACCUGUAGCUCCCCCAUCCCCCUUCCUCCACCCCCCUCCACCCUCAACCCCCUCCCCACCACACCAACAUACUGGGAGACAAAGACCAGGGUGCGGGUGGUGGGGAAGGGAGGGUGGUAUGUCCUGGAGAUGGGGGUGUGCGAGGCAGGACAGGUGGACAGUGGGUACUGGGUUUCUCUACAGCGUCGCUCCUGGUGUGUCCGUGUAGAGAGAUGUGGCAGACACGGGGAGAGUCUCUGUACCAGGGUGUGUCGGGAGGAGGAGCAGGGCGAGUGUCACCAGAACACCGUGUCCCCCACUCUCGGCACACAGGCCACCCUCCACUAUGGCGUGGUGCUGGAUGUGGGGAGGGCGAAAGUGGCCUUCAUUGACUUGGACAGGGGGAUUGUUCUUGUCAAGUAUGAUGAGGUGUUCCGGGAACCUCUUGUCCCCGUGUUUAGUGUUGGGUAUGCGUCAGCUGGCUACACUGCGGCGAUGAGUCUGAUCAGCGGGGAGGACGUCGACAUGACAGACACCAAGAGGGCCCUCGUCUACCAAGCGCUGAGAUAGGAAAUAAACUGGUUCUGUAAAGUUGUCCGUGUAACUGAGAGAUUUCUAUCAACUGUUUCAAUGUCAGGCGGGGAAAGUGAGUGAAGCGGACAUAGAAGUGUUCGGUUUGUGUUCUGUUUGUUGUGUACAAAAUACAACCAAGUUCUUCACAUGUCUGGUUUCACUACUUUCCUGGUUUCUCCUGGAGUUGGAAAUUAUUUUAAAUACUCACACGAUUAUUGUUGUGAUGGAAUUAUUGGUGUAGUUGCUAAAAUUAUGUCACAGCAACAACUUUCUGAAAUGUGAUGUGAAACAGAAGUGAGUACAUGGGCAAAAUGUAAAAGUUCUUUCAAAACAAGAUUUCUUCUGCUAAUAUUGAUUUAUUAUGAUAAAACAAUUGUUUUAAAUACCCACACAAAUAUUGUUAUAAUGAAAUAAUUGCUGUAGUUGCUGAAAGUAUGCCACAGCAACAACUUACUUAAAUGUGAUGUGAUACAAGUGAGAACAUGCAGUGCAAAAAUGUAAAAAUUGUCGCCAAACACGAUUUCUUCUGCUUAUAUUGAUUUAUUAUGAUAAAACAAUUAUUUUAAAUACUCACACUAAUAUUGUUAUGAUGAAACUAUUGCUGUAGUUGUUGAACUGAUGUCACAGCAAUAACUUUCUGAAAUGUCAUGUGACACAAGUGAGCACAGAGACAAAAUGUAAAAAUUCUUCCAGAAGAUGAUUUCUUCUGCUUAUAUUGAUAUAAUACUAUAAAACAAUUGUUUUAAAUCCAUACAUAAUAUUGUUAUGAUUAAACUAUGGCUGUAUUGGCUGAAAGUAUGCCAUAGUAACAACUUCUGGUGAAAUGUGAUGUGAGGUAUGUCACAAAGAAGCGAGUGUACAGACACAAUGUAAAAAUUGUUUCAAAACAAAACAGUGUCUGCUUAUAUUGAUUUUAUAUACUAAAAUAAGGUUUUUAAUUUCACACAUAAAACUUGUUGUGAUGAAAUUAUUGCUGUAGUUGCUGAAAUUGGUAACUCGCCACUAUCUGGUCUGACACAGAAAUGAGUGUCCCAACAAAAUAUUAAAAUUGUUUCCAAACAAAAUUUCUUUUGCUUAUGUUGAUUUAAUACAGAAAAUAUUUGUUUAAACCCACACAAGAAUCUUGUAGUGAUGAAGUUAUUGCUGUAUUUGCUGAAACUAUUCCACAUGGUUAUUCGUUGCUUUUGCUGAAGCUAGUGCACACACAACAUAUAAACAUUCUCUCGGAACAAGAUUUCUUCUGUUUGUGAAGGUGUGAUACUGUAAAAUGUAUAUCUUAAAUCCAAACAUGAAUAAGUUAUAUUAAUGACAUGGUUACUGCUGGCAUGGCUGAAACUAGGCACAUUUGUAAUUCUCUUGUAUUUGAUAUUCAUGACUCAAUAAUGUCACCAUUUACUAUUAGGUUUUUUUUUAUAUUUGCGAAGAUUUACAACUAUAAGAUAUCUGUUUUGAAUACCUACGCUAAUAAAUUUAUGACUUAACAAUUGCCAUAAGUAAAUAACAACAAAGAAAAAACAGCUUCUCUAUUCAUAUAAUGCCAACAGUGGCCAAUUAAUUGCCAAUGUCGACCCGAUGUAGGUGUGCUAGCUGGGACAGGAUCAUGAUGAUAGAAUAUUUAUUAAAAAGAGUUCAUGAUUAUCAUAUUCUUCGAAAGAAGAGACUUGACUCAAAGCUUCCUUUUUCUAAAUUAUUAAAUAUUUUAUGACAUGGUAAAAUUUUGCAUGUAACUCAGCAAGACACAGAAGAUUUUGAAAUAUUACUCCAGAUUCCAUUAUUUCAUAUUCCUCAUGUAUUCAUUCUUUAGAAUAACUGUUUUAUCACCUAUACCUUAUUUUAAUCAGGGUGUACUGGGGGUCCAGUCCUCUCACAGCAGACUUUGAUCAUGGGUUCUAACAUCAGAUUAGCCUCAUCUUCCUGAGGCAAGGGAGUUGACAGUUUUUACCCUUGCCAAACUAGGCAGGAAUUCCACAGUUACAUUUGGCUGGACUAACGAGUCUAUGCAUAGGCCAAUCAAAAUCGUGUAAUGAACUAGUCAUCAUGGAUUUCAACAUGCAGAUUUCGUUGACUGCAAGAUGUGCAAAGCAUGUGCACUGACAACUUGGCAGUGACAAAAGAUUUUGGCAAAUCUUUUCAUGUUUUUAAUUAAGGUAGUCAAAGGGUGGGAACAGGACUUUAUAGUCGGUUAACUCCCGUGCCUCGGGAGGAGGGAUUAUCCCUGAUUAUGAUUCUUGGUUUGGCAGCACCAUACCUGUGUUCGUUGGGUAAACAUUAGUGAUAAAUGUCUGAGGAAUGCAUCACUUUAGGUAUUUCCCCUACAUUAAGCUGAGACGCCAUGAUAGGACCGAAAUUCUGUCCAAAGCUGCAUUAAACCAACCUGAUUAACCAGGUUUCACUGUAUGUACAACAGCUUACCACAACACAACUUUGUACACAAUAUGAUAUGCAAACCAAUUUUGUAUCGUUGUACAAAUCCAAUUUGAUUGAGUGUUUAUUUCACCUGGUGACAUUCAUCUAUGUCGGUGUAAUUUGGAUGUUGCAUGUAUGCUGUGUUAAUCAUGACCCAUGUUGUCCGUAUAUGUGGAUGAAAUUGCAGUCUCACGAUUAAUAGAGUUCUCCACUUUUGAUAGGGAUAUUUUUUAUUUCCAGGACACACAAAACUGAUUCUCAUUAUAUGUCAAGUGUUUAUUAAAUGGAAUGACAUAUCUGAUUAUCCCUAUCAAACGUUGAGUAGCUCAGUAUAAAAAAUAUGUCUAUGUGUAUUUCUGCAUACAUGUAGCUAUGGCAUAGUAAUUAAAUCAUAUGAAUCUC